UGGAGAGCCCUUAUCCUCCCUGGCUGCAUCAUGCUAGACAUUACCAUGACCUGGACAGCCUCCAUCACCCCAGGGGCUCUGACACGCUCAGAUCCCAGGAUGGGGCUGCAGUUAUGGGGGUCUUAGGUUGGCCUUCCCGAGACAGGCAUCCCUGUCCCCUUAUGUCCCCACCCUUGGCUGUCCCCAGGCCUCUCCCUUUUCCUGUUUUGAUGCUGGCUCAGCCAGGCCCGGAGACAGGGGCAUGAUGUCCUAAUCCUCCCGGCGGGAGCCACCACGGAGAGCUCCUGUGGCCUCGGUCCCCUGCCAACCCACCUUUCCCUGCACUCACAUACGCCCCACCUGGCACAUGAUACAUGUGGGGGCUCCUGAGCCCCAGCACCCUGACUUAGUGGGGAGGGACCCCAAUGGGGUCCCACGAAGCCCCCCGACUUCUGCUCCAGGCAGCAGGUCGGGGGAACACCAGUUGCCUGCCCUGGCUGCCAGCACAGCACUCGUAAAUCAGGGGGUGUCUGGGGCGUAGGAAAUGGGUGUGUGGAAUGUCGGGGUGGGGUAGGCUGGGGGUGAGCCCUUAACUCUUAGAGGGGUGGGGUGUGGGGCAGGAGAUGCCUGGAUCCCAGGGUGCGGGAGAUGGGCUGGUGCAGACGUGGGGCCUCCUGGCUGCAGGGGCCGGCAGUGAAGAGGUUAGCUCCCAGCCCAGGCAGGGCAUAAAUUCGGGGCACAGCUCCCACCCUCAGGACCUGCCCAUCACAAUGGCUGUGGGGAAGGUCCUGCUGGGCUCUCUGCUGCUUCUGUCCCUGCAGCUGGGACAGGGCUGGGGCCCUGAUGCCCGUGGGGCUCCGGUGGCCGAUGGAGUGUUCUCGUCUGAGCAGGUGGCAAAGGCUGGAGGGACCUGGCUGGGCACCCACCGCCCCCUUGCCCGCCUGCGCCGAGCCCCGUCCGGUCCAUGCCAGCUGUGGAGCCUGACCCUAUCGGUGGCAGAGCUGGGCCUGGGCUACGCCUCAGAGGAGAAGGUCAUCUUCCGCUACUGCGCCGGCAGCUGCCCCCGUGGUGCCCGCACCCAGCAUGGCCUGGCGCUGGCCCGGCUGCAGGGCCAGGGCCGAGCCCACGGCGGGCCCUGCUGCUGGCCCACUCGCUACACCGACGUGGCCUUUCUUGACGACCGCCACCGCUGGCAGCGGCUGCCCCAGCUCUCGGCGGCUGCCUGCGGCUGUGGCGGCUGA